UUCAAUUAAAUUAUACAAUUUAAACAAAUUGAUGCCAAAAAAACAAUGUCAACAAAUAAACGCAUUAUUGUUUCAUUGAUGACAAUGAGACCACCAUUGGAUGACUACUGGUUUGCCAUACCAUCAAUGGUUAAAACUAUUUCCGAUUUGAAAAGAGAGUUAACCGCAGAUAUGGACGCAUUGAAUGGCGUUGAAGUGGAUUUGUUUAUGGAUAAUGUGUUGUUAAGAGACAACUCGUUGAUUGAUAUGAUUGAAGACAAAGACAGAGUUGAGAUCAAAACUAAAACAUCUUGUUUUAUAACAACUCUGUCGACAACAACGAAACGUAUUAAACGGGAACCGAUCGAUGAAAAGUUGAUAACAACUAAUAGUAUCUCAAUUGGUAAUAAAAUGGUCAACAAUUUGAUGACAAAAUGUGUAAAACAGGAAAUAAAUAGUGAUGAAGAAGAGAUGCCAAUUGACACAAAAGUUAGACCAAUGGUUGACAUUAAAGUUGAAAAACAAAGUAUUGUAAAUAAUAAUAAUGAAGAAGAAGUGAUUGAUAUAUCGGAUGAGUCGUCGUGUGAUGACAGCAGUGAUGAUGAGUCCAACGAUGAACAUAACAAUUGCAUUGAUAGAGAUGUCAAUAAUGAUGACAAAGACAAAGUUGAGAUCAAAUCCAAGUUUACAUAUGAUAUUACAACUGAUAUCAAUAACUCUGAGGUGAAGAAGAAACGCUCCAAAAGUCAAUCGAUGGCUAAAGACAUUACUGUAACAGACAGUGAUUGUGUCGGAAAAGUGGAUACAAAACGAGUAAAACAAGAAUCGAUUGAUACGAUUAUCAAAAGUUUGGAUAUCAAUUCAAUGAAGAAGCGCAUCAAAGAACUGAUAGCAACUAAUAGUAUUUCAAAUGAAAAUAAGAAAAUAGUCAACAAUUUAAUGUCAAAAUGGGAGCCAAUAAAUGAUGAAAAAGAUAUGACAGAAGUUAGACCAUUGGUUAACAUUAAAGUUGAAAAACAAAGGAUUGAUACAUCAGAUGAGUCGUCGAGUGAUAGCAGCGAUGAUGAGUCUAUCGAUGAUAACCACAAUACAACUGAUAAGGCUAUGAAUGAUAAUUAUUACAAUACUGUUAUCAAACAAGAGUUACCAAUUGAAUCUAUUGUCAAAAUUCAUGACAACAACAACAACAAUACUGUUAAUGGAUUUACUUCAUUACAAACUAAUGUUUUCAUGGCUACAACAUAUGAGAAGCAAUUUUUGUUGACUACAACUGAAAAUAAUAGCAAAAGACAACAUAAGACAAUGUCUUCUUAUUAUUGUUAUUAUAAUGAUUGUAACAAACUUUAUAAUACGGAACAUCAAUUAGCUCAACACAUGAAAGCUAAACAUCAAAUCAAUUUAUUUCCAUUCAGAUGUCCACAGAAGAGAUGUCAAAGUGUUUUCAAAUUGAAAGAACAACUCGAAGAACAUAAACAAACAAAGCAUUCAAAUACCGGUGCUGUCAUCGGUUCAAUCGAUUCUAAUAUAAAGAGUAUGACAGCAUCUGAUAUCACAUACUUGAGAUUUAAGCAAUCAUUGGUAAAAAAGCCAAAGGUCAGGGUCAAAUUUACAUGCGAUUAUAAUGGUUGCAAUAGACAGUAUAGGAAGAAAAAUAAAUUUAUUUUUCAUCGGCGUUUACAUAACAUAUGCGCUUACGAUGACUGUCUUAAAAUUGAUCCCUUUAUUAAUUCAUAUUAUUUAAUAAAACAUUUAAAAGAUGUCCACAAUAUUGUAUGGUUACCAGCAAUGCUUAACCUUAAGAAAUAA